ACUGCCAAUUAUUCCAAGGAAUGAAGGUGUGCACUGUGACAUGUAUGGAGCCGUGAGAUGGUGGGCGCGGGCGAGAGGACGACCGCUGGUACGCCAUGAGCAGUCGAGAAAACGUGGGCAUUUGGUGUGAACGGAUGCGAUCGGGAUUGACCUUCUUCUCACCCUCUAUAAUACCUUCACAGGGCACCGGUCUCAAUCCAGGUGGAACCAAGCCACCGAGGCAAAGGGUAACACAGCUCCCACGGGAGAGAGAGAGAGAGAGAGAAGGCGAGAUGGCUUGGUGGAACAAGAAGGUGGUGUUCCCGGUGAAGCGCGCGCUGGUAGCAGUCGCCGCAAGGGUCAAGGCUCGGAAGCACGGUGAUGGGAUCAGUAAACUCCACGACGACGUGCAAACGUGUGGAUACCAAGAUGUGCAGGUGAUGUGGGAGAUGCUGAGGAGAUCGGAGACGGAGCUUCCCAAGCAGCGGAAGCGGCGGUUCUGGCGGCCGUCAGCCUCAUCGCGACGAACGACAUCGUGUGAUUCGAUGGAGCGGGCAUCAUCAUCACCGCGAUAGUGAAUGUGAAUGUGCAAGGACCGGUGGAACAAGGCUUCAUCAGUAGGAGGCUAGCUGUUUGACACAUGAUGGAUACAUGGACAUAUAGCUAAGCUUGCUUAUCUGAUGUUUUUAUUUUCCUUUUUUUUUUUUUGUACAUUCAUUAUCAUAUUCAAGAACCUCUUCCCCGGUUGAAGGUGGAGGAAGAAGCGUUCGGAGAACUUUCUCUUUGUCACCGUAUACUAUUAUACUAUGCCUGUGGGAUCUCCACAUAUCAUGAGAUCUAUUCUUGUAUGGAACAAGUUUUUCCAAACGAUUUCGUAUGCUUGUGGGACCUCUGGAUCAUGAAAUCUAUGGAGAUGUUCUUCAUUCAAAUUAUUUUA